AUGAUCUUGGCGCAGCCCCUCAGCUCGAUUAUUAAGCUCUCUUCCUGCUAUUCGACAAACACUACCUAUGACUGCUCCAUUCUCCUCAACCGUGUUACGCACUCUCACAUGUCCUGCCCCUCUCCCCUCCGAUCUCUCGACAACAACAGAGAGCCUUCGAGUAUCACUGGAUUUCGUAGACUUGUACCAGCUCCAGUUUCGACUUGUGAGAACACCGGUUCUGGCUCUGGGCACGGGUUACCUCUACCAUCCUAUCUCCCUCCUCGAGCCAACCCGACAAAGAUCGCCUGCGAGUCAUGUCGGAAACGAAAGGCUAAAGCUACGAGAUGGGACCUGAAGCGGAAGUAUGAUGAGGUACAAGAAAGGUCCAGUCUUUAUGAGCAACUCUACUUUCUUCUGACGAGUCUACCGGAUCGAGAAGCCCAUGGUGUCUUCCGCAGGCUUCGCGAGGGCGCCGAUGUUGCCACAACCAUGCGCCAGGUGCAAGACGGCGACCUUCCACUGCAGCCAGCAUGGGCACCAGAGACACGACUUCAUUAUGAGUUCCCAUGUUCCACUUCCAUGCCUGCUGCUCUACUAUCACCAGACAAUCCGUAUCUCGGCUCCACAAUAUUCGAAGUCACGUCUCACGUUCUGCCGCUAUCACCAGAGCAAACAGAGGCUUGGGUAAACGGGUUUGAGACCAUAAACAUGACGCCCUGUAAGAUAGCAGGACUAAUGGACCCCUACAUACCGGAUAUCCAAGUUUCCAAGUGGACAUCAGUUGAAGCAGACGAUGAGUUGCUGCGCACACUCUUGCGAUCAUACUUUCUCCAUGACUAUGCGAAUUAUACUUGUUUUCAGAAAGACAUCUUUCUCCAAGCCAUGCGAGACAGUGAUUCUCGAUUUUGUUCUCCAUUACUUGUCAAUGCUGUCCUGGCUGAAGCUUGCCAUAGUUGUCGUAAAGCCACCCACCUUACCUGGAGAUCAGAGACUCUGGGCUAUGCGUUUCUCACAGAGGCAAAACGGCUCUUGGAACAAGAGACCAGUAAGUGUAAACUCACUACUCUACAUGCUGCAAUGGUAUUGCACACCAUCUAUACCAUGAACGGGAUGGAUCAGGUCGGCAUAUCUUAUCUGCUUCAGGCAGUUCAAAUAGCACAGGACCUGAAGCUCUUUGCACCGGAGCAAACGGAAGGGAGAACGAGGACUGCCCGUGUAUUUACUGCUUGGGCCCUGUAUCGCUGGCAAUCGUUGCAGGCCUUCCACAACUUGAAAGCCCCCCUCAUCAGAGGACCUCCAGCGACGCCUAUGCCAGACCCAGACGAGGAGCCUUUGUGGUAUGGCGAACUGUGGUUAAAGUACCCGCCCAGUUUGACGCUGGUACCAAUUCACUUUGCAUACGUCUAUCGAGCUCAAACGGAACUACGCGUUAUUUCAAAUGCCAUUACCUGUAUUAGGUUUACAGGGCAAAAGGAUGCCCGUACCUUGCCGGCAAGCGAGGUUCAACGUUUACAAAAGGUACUUGAUGAAUGGUACAUUCGGCUACCAGAACAAAUCAAGUCGCACAGGGCAGUGCUACCGUCCCAGCUCAUAAUGCACAUGGAGUACUGCGUUCUGCUCUUUAAAGUCGCCGAAAUGGCGCAAGAGAUAGAGCCACCACGCACACCAACAGGUGAAGCAGUUAACAAUAACGCUCAACCUUCCAAAACGGUUCAAUACGCGUUACGAUGCCUCGAAACUGUACUCCGUCUCUACCACCUACGCCACAGCUUCGAGCACGGUGACACAUAUCUAACCUAUUUCCUCUCCAUCCUAGCAUAUUCGACCAUCGAGAACAUGAAUAGGAACUCAAUAUCCCCUGAUGAUGUGAAAGCUCUUGAAACUCUCCGUGCAACGCUUCUCCUUGCUGUCAAAGGCCUCUACGACCAAGGCCAGCACGUAUACGUCUCGUCCGCCAUAUGCCGGCUGAUGCGGGACCGCAUGACGAAUGCAGACAUGACCGCGCUGAGGGGAAGCACGACGUGGAAGGACGACCAAGCGCUGGUCCCUUACUACGUUAGAUCGACGUUUCCAGUGACGGUUGUGACGCUGGAAGAGGAGUGGAACUUGGGGGCGGUUGAGAUUCUGGCCAAGAAGUAUGACCAGUUGGCACUCGAGGCGAAUGAGGGUGACAGCAGUACAGCCAUCACACCGAAUGAGAAGUCCGAAAAGGCUGGAUGA